CGGAUUCAUCGGUGCCAUCAAUUCCGUUCGCCGUUGGACAGCUCGGUUGACAGCUCAAAUCGUCAAACCUACACCUGUAUCAGCCUCUCGAAAUCCCACAACAGCCCGAGAUCGCGCAUGUCUCCAACUUAUGUUGUCAGUUCAGGACAGCGUUCAGCGCUUCAGCGUUGGUUCAUGCAGAGAGAUUGUUGUGCCAACUCCACAUGGGCACAUGGGUCGAGUAUUAUUGACGCCGCAUAACAUACCCUCGAGAUGCAUCCAGUGUUCACCAUAUCCGAAAUAUUAUCCAAUAUCCUUACUUUUGUACAGCACCCGCAGUUCCUUCCUGGCCAUCGCAAGAAGUCCGCCCUCCCAGUCCUUGCUAGGACGUGCAAGACAUUCAAGGACCCUGCCCUCAAUAUCAUAUGGGCAGGACGUAUCGGCCUUGGGGAGUUGGCCCAUGUCUUGCCUAGGCAUGCGCUCGUGCUGAAUGAUCAUUACUACGUCGUCGAUAUUAACCCACUCAUGAUUACACGCGACGACUGGUCUCACUUGUAUACCUAUACCUCCCGGGUGCGCGACCUCCAUCUCGAUGUGGGCGCUGCGCCAUGUGGGUUCGCUCUCACCACCAUCCUCGCUUCUCCACCCCCCACGAUCUGUCCAUGCGCCUUCCCCAAACUUCGUCGUCUGAUUGUUGGAGAUUCUGACACACCCUUCGGCUUUCUUCUUACGGAUGGUCUUGAGGAUCUCGACUUGUGCCUAUCUACCUCAAUGGAUGAUUCUCAGGUGGCAGCACUUCUCUACAAUUCGCUCCCGAAACUCAGGAGAUUCAAGUUAUCACUGUCCGAUCCCGAUCUCGAUCUCGAGGGCGACAACGACGGAGAACUUUUUCAAGCCGCGCAUGUCCAACUCAUGCAAGUGAUAGGCUCGUUCUCCCAACGAAGAGGACUAGAGGUGCUCGAUUGUCCUCCGCUAGAUGUAGACGCGUUGAGGUUGGUAGGAGCGAUGCGGGGGCUGCGAGAACUCGUAUUGAACAACACCAUAUCCGCAACACUGAUUCACCUCCUUAAAAUGGCUCAGGUCUACCCUCAACCAAAGCUUGAAUUUGCGAACCUGCAUUCAAUUGAGCUUCGGGUGGAAACCCUCGAAGACGGGAUAGUGUUUCUACAGGUGAUGGACCGGCUUCCAAGAGACAUUGUAGUGUUCCUGGAGUCGCCAUCAUUACACGAUUUGAAGCACUUCUUCUCAACCUUGCUCGAAUUUGGCGACAAGGAAAUUAAGCGUGUAUUCUCUCUGAGAGUGAUUGACGAGGACAUCUUAAACGCAGACUUAUCCCCGGUAAAUGUCGACACGCUUCGUCCGCUCACAUCUUUUGCAUCGUUGGAGCGUCUCGUCCUCAAUCUACACCUUCCCUUCUCGCUCACUGACGCUGACAUCGAGCGCUUUGCUCGCGCAUGGCCCAAACUCCAUACCUUCGAAAUUAAUUGGGGAGCCGGAUGGGGCAAAUCCCCGCUGAUCACGGCUACUGGGCUCAUCGCGCUCGCGCGGCACUGCCCACGCCUUGCCUCGCUCACGCUUCCUAUAGACGCAUCGGCACUCCGAUUGAGCGACAUGCCUGCGUUCUUUGCCAAUAUUUCCGCGAGGUCUCUGGUAGAUGGGGAGCCAGACUUGAGAAGGAAUGCCCACCUUUGGCGGAUCGACAUCUCUCAUGGCUCAAUUAUUUCGGAGCCUAUGGUACUUGCACUCCUGCUCGCGAGUCUCUUUGCGAACCUCGAUAGUUUAUAUUCUGGGUUUCUAUAUGAACGAAAUUCACGUACAGCGGUUGAUCAAGGAAUAAAGGUGGUGAGACGUAUGGAGGCGGAGGGCGUAUUUAGUUGUUGGGGAUCUGGACCUGAUGCAUGGAACAUCAAAGCAUUGGUGAAGGCACUGACGCCUCUUUCCUCUGAUAGCUCUGUAGGAUGGCAAAUCUGA